AUGGUAAAGCACCCAUUCGAUGUUUCGGACCAGAAACUUUGCGAUGUUUACCAACUGAAGGGACUUGAUCCCCAAACCUCGUGGCUUGAGGACUCCAGUGUGGUGUAUUCUCUACGAGAACCAGAGGCUUUGGAAUCUGUGGACUCCUCUUACGCUAUCUUAAACGAGCUACUACGGCAGGAACACGAGCAUAGUGCAGGGAGGAACAGUGGAAUAGAAACAUCUGGGCUGCAAGACCCUUUGAACCCUAAAUUAAGGCUGGAUGAGCUUUUAGAUACCUUUCGAAUACCUCCAAAAGAGCGCUACAAGUACUAUAUUAAUUCCAAGAAAUUCAAUUCCAAACUAUAUCUCCGGGGCCUGCACGCGCAAGAUAGUUUUAACGAUCUGAGCACGUCAUUGGAUCUGUUGGAUCGUUCUUUGCAGUCGCAAAGCAACGAUCUGAAGGCGCUGGUCCAAAACAACUUCUCGAAAUACGUGAGAUCCAAGAACAAUCUCGACCGCAUCUACGACCAAUUCCACAGGUUCUCGCUAGAGGAUGACCAAGAGCUCGGAACCGGUAAUCUGGGGGAUGCUGUCGACGACACAGUACAGGAGGUGGCUUUGAAAGCUAAACCGAUUUUGGACACAAGCGCCAAGUUGCAGAAUAUUCAGACUACGAUGGCAUUUAUCCAGGAAAACAGCGACUUUUUCGACAUACCCAAAAAGCUCAAACACUGCCUUGUUGAACAGGACUUCGCGCAACUAAUGACUAGAUAUCAAGAAGCACGCGCAAAAUACCGCGAAUUUUCUAAGGGCGAUCACACUAGUCCAGUAAUUCUAAAGGUGUGGGAACAAAUCGAGUCCACCAUGGACAGCUACCGCAAUUUUAUUUGGGAGUCUCUGCUGAAUCUACAGAAAGGCGAAGCACACGACAGGCUUUUACCGCUUGUAUCUAAAUUACUAGACUUGAAUGCCAUCAAGAGCCCCAUUACACAGUGGAUCAGCACGAAACUCACAAACUUCGAGUCGAAAUUGAGAGAUAUUAUUUCUAAGAUGUUUGAUACAAUUGUUGCGGCCCAACGGAAAGUCACCGAGAGUGUCUCGAACGAAACCGAGGACCUUGGCUAUUACCUUUCAAUUGAGCAUUUCGUUGACCCAAGUCUUGCUCAAGCUGUGCAACUGCCGUCUGCGACCAAAAUGGUCCAGACAAAUACAACUUUGUGCGACUCGGUCGUCAUCAUCGAGAUGUGGUUGCUGAUUAAAAAAUACGCAAAUCUUUUGAGUUCGGAAUCGGAUCUAUUCGUCGAGUUUUGGGAACACGUCGAAAAGUUUUUGGACGGAACGUAUCGCACAUCUUUGCUCAAUGAUAAGAAGAAAGAUGAUAUCCUGGGUACCUAUUUUGAGAGCCACGGCGGUUACAAAAACUUUCUGACAUUUGAAGAAAGCGAAGUGCACGAUAUCAGAAGGCGAGGCGAGAAAUACGUCAAAAUUCUGUGCGAUGGCUUGGGCAAAUUGUUUGAGUCUUCUCAAACAUCUCUCUUGAGUGAAGAGAAAGCAGAAAAAGAAAGCGGAAACCCCGCAGACUAUGGUUUUGUCCCACCUAGUGCUAAUUGUUUGGGUUGCCUGAGGUAUUUGCCUCAAAUUGUCGAGCCUAUUUUCAAAUUCACUACAGAAUUGGCUCAAUUAAGCAUAUCAUCAAACUGUAUCGACAUUCUGAGGAUGACUGACUCUUUGAUACUCGAUCGGUCGGUUUCUGCUAUAUCAGCAACGAGACUAAGAGACCUUUCGGCCUUUCAUACAUUUGAAGAGGAGCCAAUAUACAGAACCUCGGGCUUUCAAGAUUACGGUAUCACUCGAUUUCCUGAAAUCGUUUACAUGUUUCAAAUCCUGAGUAUCUCGACAAUCAGAAACAUUUUAUUCUCUUACGAAAAGCUUCCCGUUCUCAAUGGCAUAUAUGUUGUCUCACACCCUUCACGUCAAUUAUUGGCUGGGAUCGAAGUGCAACAGAUGAUAUCGAUGGAGGCAGUGUUGGAGUCUGUACUCAAAGAUGCUGCCAAGGAGAAGGAGAAUCCAAGGACCGCCAAAACUAUUCUGACUUUAACAAACCUACAGUACAUGCGAGAAGAGAUAUUUCCACAAGUUCUUCAAUACUUCGAUGAAAGUUUCGAGACACAAUUGAGCAAGCAAAACCUCGAGAUAUUCUCGUUGCUAGGCAAAAUGGAAGCAUCGAUUUUCGGAAAUUAUUUGUCUGAUUUGAAAGUAAGCAUUCGGGACAUUUUGGAAGAACGCUUUUACGAAAUCAACUGGGCAACCUAUAGUUCCAACUCGUUCCGUGUAAGCGACUACAUCAUAGAAGCGUUGAUGGACUUGGUGAGCGUGCACAGCGAAUGCUCUAGAAUAGGGCCCCAACUGAUUGGCCGGAUACUAAAGGAGUCUCAGAUUUUCAUCUCGAAGUAUUUGUUUGAGGCCUUCAAGCGGUACAUAGGAAACCUUUCUUCUGACGCACUUCUGCAAAUUGUUAUCGACGUCCGGUUUCUUCUAAAGAUGCUGGGGACGUUACUAGAGAAGGACACAGAGGUCACUUUAAUGGCAUGCUUACAGAAUUGUUUCGAGAACGAUAAUUCCAGGUUGCAAAGGUGCAUUGAAGAGACCAAACCAAUUGUGUUAGCAAAUCUCAAAAAGACAAGUGCGCAGUUUGCAUCUUUUAAAUGA